UAGUCAUACCGUUGUGUGAGAAUGAAUAUAUUUUCUUUAGAUAAUGGUCUCAAUUAUAAUGUCGGGGAAUUAUCUUGUGCUUAAAAUAGACACCGUUUCACCGAUAAGCCCCCCAAAAACGUGCCCAAUCAUACAUGACGUUUGAUUUGCGAAACGGGAAAUUACGCCGCUUCCCCGGGUCGGUAUUUCCUGACGGGUUUCCCUCACGGAGGCGGAGAGGCUGGCCGGCACACUAGAGUUCACACCGGUCUCUCUACCGAGGCGAGGACGCCGGCUACCCAGGUCCUUUUCUACCGGCUCGACAUCGCCGAACGACCUGUGUCAUGCGGACCGGUACUCACGACGGGUCCAUUUUUAAAACAGAGGUAACGCGCGGGGCGAGGCUUUGACGGACGGACCGGUCGACGGUGACACGAUUAGGUCAACUUUCGACUGACAGUUGACACGAAAGCAGAGGGAAGGGAAGGAGGAAACUCUGGUGUUGGAGAGUGAACCCCUCGAAGCGGCCCGGUUCCACACAGCGACCCAAGCCGUGGGGGUGGUGGUGUGGGGGUACUCUGAAGUGACAGCCACCAGGGCUGUAACGCCAAGUCGCAGAGGAACCUGCGCUAAUCUUUCCAUAUCGGGAGCCGGGGUGACCGGACAGAGACCCCAUGAAUGGAAAUCGGAACAUCAGGAGCCGCAGGGGCCCAGGCCCUCUUCUCGUUGCCACGGCGACCGGGCUAUGGCACCAUGGGGAAGCCCAUCAAGCUGCUGGCCAACUGCUUCCAGGUGGACAUCCCCAAGAUCGAUGUCUACCUGUACGAGGUGGACAUCAAGCCUGAGAAGUGUCCGCGGCGCGUCAACAGGGAGGUGGUGGACUCCAUGGUGCAGCACUUCAAGGUGACCAUCUUCGGCGACCGCCGGCCAGUGUACGACGGCAAGAGGAGCCUCUACACCGCGCACCCACUGCCCGUGGCCACGGCUGGGGUGGAUCUGGACGUCACGCUACCGGGCGAAGGAGGCAAGGACCGACCCUUCAAGGUGUCCAUCAAGUUUGUGUCGCUGGUCAGCUGGCACAUGCUGCACGAGGUGCUGCAGGGCCGCGGGGUGCCCGAGCCCCUGGACCUGGACAAGCCGCUGAGCACCAACCCGGUCCACGCCGUCGACGUGGUGCUCAGACACCUGCCCUCCAUGAAGUACACCCCGGUGGGCCGCUCCUUCUUCUCCUCCCCCGAGGGCUACGACCACCCGCUGGGCGGUGGCAGGGAGGUGUGGUUCGGCUUCCACCAGUCGGUGCGACCCGCCAUGUGGAAGAUGAUGCUCAACAUCGACGUGUCCGCCACUGCCUUCUACAAGGCCCAGCCGGUCAUCCAGUUCAUGUGCGAGGUCCUGGACAUCCACAACAUCGACGAGCAGCCGCGGCCCCUCACAGACUCCCACCGCGUCAAGUUCACCAAAGAGAUCAAAGGUCUGAAGGUGGAGGUCACGCACUGCGGCAGCAUGCGCCGCAAGUACCGGGUCUGCAACGUCACGCGCCGCCCCGCCUCCCACCAGACGUUCCCCCUGCAGCUGGAGAACGGGCAGACGGUGGAGCGCACGGUGGCCCAGUACUUCAGGGAGAAGUACAACCUGCAGCUCAAGUACCCCCACCUGCCCUGCCUGCAGGUGGGGCAGGAGCAGAAACACACCUACCUGCCCCUGGAGGUGUGUAACAUUGUGGCCGGCCAGCGCUGCAUCAAGAAGCUGACCGACAACCAGACGUCCACCAUGAUCAAAGCCACGGCCCGCUCUGCCCCGGACAGGCAGGAGGAGAUCAGCCGACUGGUGCGCAGCGCCAACUACGAGGCGGACCCGUUCGUCCAGGAGUUCCAGUUCCGCGUGCGUGACGAGAUGGCCCAGGUGACGGGGCGCGUGUUGCCCGCCCCCAUGCUGCAGUACGGCGGCCGCGUCAGCUCGGAGCACUUCAUGCCUCAGCAGAUGAACCCUGGGCUGUCGUUGCAGAACCGCACGGUGGCCACGCCCAGCCACGGUGUGUGGGACAUGAGGGGCAAGCAGUUCCACACCGGCGUGGAGAUCAAGAUGUGGGCCAUCGCCUGCUUCGCCACGCAGAGGCAGUGCCGCGAGGAGAUCCUCAAGGGCUUCACGGACCAGCUGAGGAAGAUCUCCAAGGACGCGGGGAUGCCCAUCCAGGGCCAGCCCUGCUUCUGUAAAUACGCCCAGGGGGCGGACAGCGUGGAGCCCAUGUUCAGACACCUGAAGAACACCUACGCCGGCCUGCAGCUCAUCAUCGUCAUCCUGCCCGGGAAGACGCCCGUCUACGCGGAGGUGAAGCGUGUGGGAGACACCCUGCUGGGCAUGGCCACCCAGUGCGUCCAGGUGAAGAACGUGGUGAAGACCUCCCCGCAGACCCUGUCCAACCUCUGCCUGAAGAUCAACGUGAAGCUGGGGGGCAUCAACAACAUCCUGGUACCGCACCAACGCCCCUCCGUGUUCCAGCAGCCCGUCAUCUUCCUGGGCGCUGACGUCACCCACCCCCCUGCCGGCGACGGCAAGAAGCCGUCUAUCGCAGCGGUGGUGGGCAGCAUGGACGCCCACCCCAGCAGGUACUGUGCCACGGUGCGGGUCCAGAGGCCCCGGCAGGAGGUGAUCCAGGACCUGGCCUCCAUGGUGCGGGAGCUGCUGAUCCAGUUCUACAAGUCCACGCGCUACAAGCCCACGCGCAUCAUCUUCUACCGGGACGGAGUCUCGGAAGGACAGUUCAGACAGGUGCUGUACUACGAGCUGCUGGCCAUCCGGGAGGCGUGCAUCGCCCUGGAGAAGGAGUACCAGCCGGGCAUCACCUACAUCGUGGUGCAGAAGCGUCACCACACCCGCCUCUUCUGCGCCGACCGCAACGAACGGGUGGGACGAAGCGGAAACAUUCCUGCUGGCACCACGGUGGACACGGACAUCACCCACCCCUACGAGUUUGACUUUUACCUCUGCAGUCACGCUGGGAUCCAGGGCACCAGCCGGCCCUCCCACUACCACGUCCUGUGGGACGACAACUGCUUCACGGCGGACGAGUUCCAGCUGCUCACCUACCAGCUGUGCCACACCUACGUGCGCUGCACCCGCUCCGUGUCCAUCCCCGCGCCCGCCUACUACGCACACCUGGUGGCCUUCCGCGCACGCUACCACCUGGUGGACAAGGAGCACGACAGUGCGGAGGGCAGCCACGUGUCGGGCCAGAGCAACGGCCGGGACCCCCAGGCGCUGGCCAAGGCGGUGCAGAUCCACCACGACACCCUGAGGACCAUGUACUUCGCCUGAGGCCCCGACACACCCCACCACCAGUAUACACGCCCCCCCCUCACCCCCCUCAGCCCCCUCUAAGGACAAGCCUACCAGGUCCAGCGCUGGCGGCACACCCCCCCCCCACACACACACACACGCGUAGAACGCCAGACUGUUGGGAUAUAUAUAUACAUAUAUAUCUCUAUAUAUUUAUAUAUAUAUAUAUAUACACACAGGACAAGCCAGAGAGGAGAACAGCCACAGUAUGCAAUACCAAACCAGCCAAUCGUUUACAUUCUGCCCCUCCCCCUCCGUCAGAUCCACACUUAUCCCCUUCCUCCUCCACUCCUCCUCCUCCUCCUCCUCCUCUGGUGUCGUUCGACCACCACGGUUCCCUCAGCUCUGAAGUCGGCGGGUAGCGGGGCGCCGUCCUCGCCGCUACUCUUAGCUAGCUCAUCCAAACGUUUUCUUUUGUCUCUGGUGUCUCAGUCCCGGAGGUAUGUGUUAACGGUUCUGUUUGUGUCGGUGCUCCCGAGCGGUACGGGAAACGCUAUGAAAUGCUCUGCAGCAUACGGCGAUUAGCCCUAAUCAUGCUGGUUUAUACUGUCCCAUGUUUUUAUCUGUGUGUGUGUGUGUGUGUGUGUGCAUGUGUGUGUGUCUCAGCUUGCCCUGCUGCAGCACUGUACGGGUGUUAGGCCUGUUUUAGCAGUAACGUCCCUCACUAGGGGCCAAGCCUGGUAAAUAAUGGUGGAACUAUUGUGAAAUGUGCGGCGUUGGCGCUUUCUCAAAACGACACGGCAACAAAAACAAGGCCACCUGCUCCUCCAGGUCGCUUUAAUCAUGUGUGUGUGUGUGUGUGUGUGUGUUUCGGUUUGUGUGUGUGUUUGCGUGCGUGUCCCUUUAACGUAGGACAACAAUAAGAGGGAGGGUAGACUUGUUGCCCUGGCAACCGCUAAUAAAAUCUCUAGAAUGUUUGUGAAGGCGGUCGCCUGUGGUCCAACCGUCUGUCUCGGGGGGAGAGCUGGGACUCCCGACGCCACGUUGAGGGGAGAGCGAGGGUCGAGGGGAAAAAGCCUCUUCAAAGAUGAUAUCGGUACAGCUCUGUCUGCCCCCCCCUUUUUUUUAAUUUUUUGUUUAUUUUGCGCCAUUUCCUUCCGGUGAUCGUUUUUAAUUUGAAUUAACAUUUAUGUUCAGCAAUAGAUCUCAGUGGAGGGACGGAUCUUUCUUUUCGGUGUUAUCUUUCAAGACGUACGUUGGGCGAGUCGACGGUCGUUCCUGCAGUGCAAUAAGGCGCUUGAGGCGAGGCCCAGAGUGUUCCAGCGGAGGGAGGGAUCUUGGUAUUUGAAGGCGCUGACUGUUAGACCCUCCCCGUUUCAGUAUCACAGCGUUGUCGGUAUGUUUGGUUUGGAUGUUGGCGAGGUGAACGUGAAGAGGCAUUCAAGGACUUCAGAAAGUAUUGGUCGCGUCGACCGCGGCCGGCGUCUUCGUGACCCCGGGGCUGGUCGCACGAGGAAGAUGUGACGAGAUUACGAUAAAAGUGCCUGAUGGGGUUAACGAGAGAGCCUCGGGAGUGGAAACGGAAAAGGUGUUUUGAAGAAUGUUCCGGGCCCAGAUGCUGUUGUAGUGUUUUCUUUCCUCUGAAUGAGUCAACACACUUGGGGGACGGGGGGGACGGGGACUGUGAGCCCCGUGAGCCCUUCGGCAGAGCAGAUGGGGCCUCCAAUGUGGAGGAAGCCCGCACUGACCCCGCCAUGUGAUGUUCGGGCGGUGCUGGUCGAGGUGUAGACGUCUCUACGGAGGCUUGUCUUUGAUCAAGUUAUGGUGCAGAGGUUCCACUUGGCGCGUCUGUUCACGUGCAAGUUCACAAUUUAGUUGCGUUUUUGUCCGAGCGAGAUUGGGACUGGGGUUUGUCUGACAUUCUUUACCGCAAAUACUAGUUUGGCUAGGUCUAAUUCAACCGUUUCUAAAACAAUACUUGAACCAAAUGACAUCCUUCUUAGAAAAAUCUCUCUCUCUCUCUCUCACAGAUACUUUAUCGCAUUACCGUCAUAUCUAGCCGAAUUUUGAUGGAUCACUGAUCCCUUUUCAAGUACUUCUUCAUGCCAAUAGAAUGUCAACAUGGUGCUGACUGACAGGUCACGUCACAGUGACCCAACUGUGGAAGGCCCUUUCUCGGGUGUAGCCUUAGCAGUACUAACCUCCUUCAAAUGAACUACAAAAUGUCGUGUAUCACUCAGACCAAAAGGAAAGUGCCUGCCUGUUUAUUGGAUGACCGGGGUGGUGGUUACCUUGGAAACGUAGUGAAGGGAUAGGUUCCUGCCCACAGGCGUUUGGCUUUCCCACGGCUUACAGUGCCAGUUGCUUAUUAUCCGAACCAAAUGAGCUGCUACGAGUGAAACUUUAUAGUACAUUGAAUAUCACAUCGAAUAUUGUAGGUUACAUUAAUUGUUUAACGAGCUGACAUAUUUAAACGGCACUUGUGAGAUUCGAUCAUGUGAUGAAAAUGUUGGAACGGAAGACGCCGAAACAUCGUUUGUGACAAAGAAACUCUAGAGAAAGAUCAUUAAUCUUGAGUAGAGUAGUUUUUAUAAUAUAUAAAUAUAUAUCGUGCGACGCCUCAUGGUUCUAAUGUAUGCUGAAACCGAUUUUAGAGUAGUGAUCCGGUCUGUUCCAUCCCGCCCCCUCGUGGGUUUGGGUCCGGGUCCAAGCUGAGCUGCCUCUUGACGUCGGACCUUAAAGCAGCGAUUUGCGCGAGUUUUACUUGAAGAUCGGCAAAAAACGAAACGGAGACUGGCGUGCUAGCAUGUAGCUAGCCGUAGCUACUCUGCGUCUCCCGGAGUUCUCUAGAAUGUGUGUGCAGCCACGAUGUAUUGGAGAGUCUCUUUGACGCAUGCUGCAGCUGAGGCAAGGCAUUGGUUAUUGGCGCGAGAGCAAUGGCCGCCACGCAGUGUGUCUUCAAAGUGCUUAACAUCCGAUGCCUUUUACUCAAACCAUUCGAAAAAAACAUUUUUUUAAAAUUCUUGAAUGGAGAAAAAAAAUAAUAUUUAUACUUAAAGAUAUUAAUAUAAUGCACCCAUACUACUUAUUUUUGCUAACAAAAAAAAAUCCUAUAUGACAUAGAGAUAAUUAAGUAGGACGUUAAUAAUGAAAUAAUAGUAAUAGUCACUAAUAAUUUAUCCCAGUUGAAAUAAUGCAAUAGGUUUACUGGUCAACCAUGGAGGCGAUGGCUUUGCUGCAUUGACUUACUGUAUGGAUGGUUCUUCUUUUAUUGUAUCGUUUUAGUUUUGGGAAGGUUGUUUUUGUCCUGUAAUAAGCAGACGAACUUUCAACCCCCCUCAAACUUGUGUUUGUUUGUAUUCGCUUAAACCCAGGGACCUGUAAUGAAACCUCUCCUUCCACUGUUCAGUUGUUCUCACUCUCUCUCUCUCUCUCUCUCUGUCUCUCUGUCUCUCUGUCUCUGUGUGUGUGUGUGUGUGUUGUAAUGUCAAAGAAGUGAACGACUGUGAUGGCCCCGCUAACAUGGGGGCCACGUCUGACGUCUCGAUGCCUCUACACUGUACAGAUUCUCUCUCUUGGUCGUGGGAGGUGGGUUGAAAGUUUGUCGUCGGACAGAAUCGUCCUCAAUAGACUGUGCCUUUCCCAGAUGGUGCUGAAAACGAGUCAAAUCAAAGAUGAAAUCUUAACAUUCAAAUAAAUAAGUAAAAUUAUGUUUUGGGCGGUUUAGCCCGUGUCUACAUUGAUAAGUAUAUAUAUUGACACAUGACUAUACUGUAAGAUGUGAUAUGUGUAUGUAUAUGUAUGCUUUGUGUGUGUGUGUGUGUGUGUGUGUGUGUGCGUGUGUGUACCUCUGACAUAUGCCAAGAAUACAGAAUAUGCAGACCUGCUCAGUGUGGAUCUAACAGGACCAAAAGGUCGGUGGGAAUUGGUCACAACAAGCCGGGCACUCAAAAGCACAACCUGCAAAUUAGCAUUUCUAAGCCGGGUAACUUGUACACACACGUUUUUCGCUCCAAAGGUAACAAGUAGCUAAAUGUCAUGUAGCAUCUAAUUUAUUUUAAACCCGUUUUCCCCUAAUAUGUUUAAAGAUCAAAGUAUACUUUUCUCCCACUCUGCCUGGGCAGCAAUAACCAACGUUUUUGUUUUCAAACGCUUGUGCAAUGUGUGUUGUAUGCAUUACAGUUGGCCCAGAUUAUCCCGCAAGUCAAUUCUUAUUUUUAGACCAACCUUGUCUUAUAGUCCUCUUGUAACGUUGUUGUCAUUAGCCGGGGCCAUUGUAAGUGUGUGGUUCAUUGGGGGACCCUCAAAUUUCAUACGUACUAUUUAUACACAAGUUUACAGAGAUUACGAUACGAUUGAGUUUUGAUCCCAUGAUGAGUGCCCAUUUCCCAUGUAGCCGAUAGCAUUCCCCACAAAAAGGAAAUUGGUCAAUUCUACACUUCUUACGGUUGGCUGCAUAUCAUAUUCAAAUAAUGAUGAAACGUGAUGUUUUGGUUACACAGUAAAUUGUGCUUUUAUGUUUUGUUUGCUUGACUAUGAAAUGGUGUCACUUUUAGAAGUAUACUUGUAUGUCAAGACCUGUUUUGUCUUAACACUUAACUGAUACUGGUCCUAAGUUGAGCCUUUUUUUGGUCGUCAUAUUUAAUUGUUUUGAUUAAAUAUUAUAUGAAUGAAAACUA